UUUUUCUUCACAAAUAUGUUUACCUUCCAGACCGAAAGAUCAGAAUACUCCAAAGAAGAAGCGGAAGACUUGGAUGAGGACGAAGGAGUGGCCGGAGAAGUAAUGUCUGGGGAAGAAGAGCAGGAACAAGAACCUGAAGAGGAAGAAGAGGAAGAGGAAGAGGAAGAUGAAGAAGGAGCAUUAGGGGAGGGGGAAGGCCUCUCCCACGGUGUUCUCUCAGAUGUCGAGGAUGGCUAUGAACAAUCUAACUCUUCACUUCCCAAUUCUGACAUAUCCACAACGGAACUGCUACAAGUUGAUUUGAGUGAGGAUGGAACACAGUUCAUAAUCGGUCCUGGUGGUUUCGGAGAUAUGAUGUCAAGAACUUCGUCACUAGCCGGAGAUGAUGAGAGAAAUGGUGACAAAGAGCAGAAGAAGCCGUUUGUUUGUCCUCUCUGUGGGCAGUCAUUUACACGUCGUGACAACCUUGCCAACCAUAUCAAGACCCACACCGGUGACCGUCCGUUUAUGUGCCAGUAUUGCCACAAGUGCUUCUCAAGGAAGGACUACUUGAAGCAGCAUGAACGCAUCCACACUGGAGAGAAGCCCUAUCCCUGUGACAUCUGUGGUCGUGCAUUUACCAGGAAAGAAGGACUGACAGAUCACAUGCGCUGUCAUUCUGACUUCCGAGCCUUUUCCUGUGAAACAUGUGGCAAGAGCUUCAAGCAAAAAUGUGGUUUGCGCUUCCAUAAGAGGAAUUAUAAACAUUAACCUGCCAUAAAGAUCUCCAACACUUAAUUCACUGUUCCAAUUAUGAGGCGGAUAUGGAUAGCCUGUCUCUCAAUUAGUUGGAUGUGGUCCCUUUAAAAAUAUGCCAGAUAAAGGGCUAAUUUAUGCCCCUGUACUAAGUUAGGUCGUGCCAUUUCCUUUAUGUUGAGCACCUAAUUUAUGUGUUCAGAUAGUCAAUUUUACCCUGAGCUUUG